GAUCUGAAACACGGAGCGCUUCCCCUUCCACUCAGCAUUCCCAUUCCAACACGGCCACCGUGGGUUUCGUGUGCUGAGCGAAGUUGAGUCAACACACACCGGCGAGCCGCUCUGCCUGGUGGAUUCAUGUGGCACCUCCAUACGCGCAGCAGCCCUCUUCUGUGCGCCGCCGGGGGGACUUUCUACUGCUCUCGGCUGCGAUAUAAACCCCAUUCGGCUUGACAUUAAUAGUUGACUUGCAACCAUUAAACCAGCAGUCAUUAAGUACCUGCGGAUCUGCUGCAGGGGGAGUUUUUUUUCUUCUUUCUUUUCCUUUUUUUCCCCUCUGUUUGGUGCCAGCAAGCGGGGAUACUGCAGAGAUACAAUAAGGAUCUUUACAGAAGUGAACAAUGCUCAGACUAGAGACCAUCCUUUGCACUUUUUCCGUGCUGUCUGUGGCGGCCAGAGCAGAUUUUAAGGCUCGGAAUUGCAGCGAGGUGAGGGAGGCUUGCGUCGGGAAAGGCUUCAGCUUCACACAAGUUCCUCAUCUGGAGAUCCCAGGUGAACAUCUCCGGAUAUGUCCUCAGGGAAACACAUGUUGCACCCUGGAAAUGGAGGACAAAUUUGGCCAGCAGAGUAAACAGGACUUUGAGAAUCUGGUUGACGAAAUGAGUCACGAACUGAGAACCACAUUUGUUUCCAGGCAUAAAAGAUUUGACGAAUUCUUCCUGGAGCUGCUGGAGAACACCGAGAGGUCCCUGAACGAGAUGUUUGUGAGGACUUACGGCAAGCCAUACAUGCAGAACUCGGAGGUGUUUGAGAACCUGUUUGCUGAGCUGAAGCGCUAUUACACGGGAGGGAACGUUAACCUGGAAGAGAUGCUUAAUGACUUUUGGUCGCGGCUGCUGGAGCGUAUGUUCACGCUGCUCAACUCCCAGUAUGUCAUCACCGAGGACUAUCUGGAGUGUAUCAGUAAGUACACCGACCAGCUCAAGCCCUUUGGAGACGUGCCCAGGAAGCUCAAGGCUCAGGUUACCCGCGCAUUCAUCGCAGCACGCACAUUUGUCCAAGGGCUUUCUGUCGGCCGGGAGGUGGCCCAGAGAGUGUCCAAGGUAAGCAGCACUCCAGCAUGUAUCCGAGCGCUGACAAAGAUGCUGUACUGCACCUUUUGUCGGGGCAUGCCGGCAGUAAAACCCUGUAAGAAUUACUGCCUGAACGUCAUGAAGGGCUGCCUGGCCAAUCAAGCCGAUUUGGAUCCAGAGUGGAACCAAUACAUCGACGCCAUGCUGCUGGUGGCACAGAGGCUGGAGGGACCGUUCAACAUUGAAUCUGUCAUGGAGCCCAUUGAUGUCAAGAUUUCAGAGGCCAUCAUGAAUAUGCAAGAUAACAGUGCCCAGGUCUCCUACAGGGUUUUUCAAGGCUGUGGCCAGCCAAAACCCGCAGGAAUCACUAGGUCUGCUCGUGGUGUUUCGGAUGUGUUCAACGCCCGCUUCAGGCCCUACAGCCCAGAGGAGCGGCCUACCACUGCAGCUGGCACAAGCCUAGACAGACUGAGGAUUGUUUGGAGUACGAUGCAACACAGUGUGGUUGACAUAAAAGAGAAACUUAAGCUGUCCAAGAAAUUUUGGUCCAACCUGCCUGAGGCGAUGUGUGUGGAGGACAGAGUGACCGCUGGAAAUGCCAGUGAUGAGGACUGCUGGAAUGGACAUACCAAGGGCAGAUACUUUCCUGAAGUCCAGAAGGAUGGCCUCACCAACCAGGUGAAUAACCCCGAGGUGAGCGUCGACAUCACGCGCCCAGACACCUUCAUCCGUCAGCAGAUCAUGGCCCUGAGGGUGAUGACCAACAAGUUGAAAAAUGCUUACAAUGGCAACGAUAUCUACUUUCAAGACUCAAGCGAUGAAGGUAGCGGCUCAGGCAGUGGCAGCGGAUGCACAGAGGUCUGCCCAACAUACAUGGACGGCGCUGAUGCCACUGAAAUCCCGGUGGUGAAAGCCGACCGGAGCGGGCCUGUGGGUGACUCUGCCUCGCUCUAUGCACCCUCUGUAGCCCUGCCAGCCAUGCUGGCCCUCUCAGCCCUGGCACUUCACCGACAAUGGAGAUAAUGCUGGAGGAACAGGCUAAACAUGGACAGCAGGUUUUUUCUUUUUUCCUUUUUUGCAGUUUUUAUAUUCAGGCAGAUUGGAGCUACAGUCAAGCAGACAGCAUUCACGCUGCCAGCCUUGAGGCUAGAGGAGUCUGCUCUGAAAAAGAGAGCAGUCAUGCAUCAUGAUUUCCCACUUUCCCAAAGAUCGUGCAGUGCCAUCCGUAGACUUGAUAUUUUAAGGCAUCUCUUCACCAUCCAAAACUGAUGCCGACUCAACAAACUCUGCUUCAGAGAUUUAAAAACAUUUUUAAAAAAGAUAUAUUUCUUGCACAUAUGGCAGGUAAUAAUGUAGGUCUCCUUGUGGAAAAAUAUAACUCACACUUUGAUUGUUUUGAUUUUUUUAUGCAAAAAAAAAUUGUGUAUUGAAAAAUGUUGAGAAUGUGGUUAUUUGAUGCACCUGAAAGAGGCACAAUAAGUUAAACAGAUGUUUAAUAGUAUAUUUUAAAACAAAGGAGAAUGAUCUAAAUCGCGACUUCCACCUAAAUUUUCAAUUGAAUCUGUGUUCCGUUGUCAUUAACUCGUGCCAAUUACUGAUCUGUGAUGCGAAGCAAUGAAAUACUCAUUAGCACUAUAUGUUUUUAGUUUGUUUUUUUUUAGAUCAAAUGCAGACACCACAUUUGAUUCAUCUUACAUUUCACACUACUUUCAGCCAUGUCAUUUGGCAAGAUAGUGGGCACACUAUAUCAUGGGUUGGUCCACAGCUGCCUUGUGCUAAAACUCACUACAAAGGUUAGGAGUGACAUUUUAUAUGCUCAUUUGCCUUGCAACAAAUUAAUUAUCCGCAAAAUAUUCUCAUAACAUGCUGGUUUCUCAGGCUUGGCUUCAGAAGUAUACAGCACUGACAGAAUUAUUAUGGGGCUGUUAUUCAUAUUCGGAGAAGGUGCCACUAAUAUGCUGUCAAAGGGAUGCUGGGUCUUUAGUGACUUGGUGUAAAAUUAAUUUCUCCAUGUCAGAGAGGGCUAAAUAAUCACUAUUGUGUAAUCUUUGAUAGUAUUUUUUUCUUUAGAAGUGGUUAAAGUGAAUGGUUGCAUGGAAUGUGUUUCCAUGGAGUCACUGUAAACCAUCAGUGUAAAGCUAUACAGUAAGGAAAUACACAAAUCAAAUACUUAAAAAACAAUAACUAAAGUGUUCCAUAGAUGUAUUCUGCUUCCAUUUUACAGAAUGUCAAACGCAGUAGUUAAAAACAGGAUUGUGUACUGUAUUUAGUGUAAAUGGACAUGCACAUUACACUAGAAGAGCACAUUCAUUCAAUAUAGCAUCACUGAGGGAAGUCUUACGCUGCUGUAAUCUCUAUAUUAAUAUACAGUAAUUUGGGCCUCUAACAUGUUCUGCUGCAACCGCAGAAGAUUCUAAAAACAUUUGCAGGUGUGGUUGCAACUUUUGCAUGUGAUUGAAUGACCAAAGUUUAUUCUGUGACUGUUCCUUCAUUUAAAUAAACACUGUAAGAACAAAAUGAAAAUGCUGUCAGACAGUAAUCAGAAGCCAAGUAAAAAUAAAAACAAAUAAUGGAAAAAUAGGAUUUUAGUUAUGUAAAAGGGGAGGAAAUUAUUAGGAGAAGAAGCAGCAAACAGCACACAGUGGUUACUGGAAAUGCAAAGAAAGGGUCCCUAAAUUUAUCUGGAAAGCUUGAAUGGUUGUGUCUGCAGCACAGACAGGCUUGAAGCCGACCACAGUCACCUGUGAAAUGAGAAUCUGUGGAGACUGGACAGGGCUGAAUGCUUCAGUGGAGCUCCUCAGUAGAGCGUACUUACAGAGAAUGUGAGAGGCCUGGCACUGCUGAGGGGGGUGUACAAAACCAGCCUGGAUGUACAUCCACUGUUCUCUGAGAGCCCGUCAGGUCCAUAACCACCAGGCCAGCUAAGCUUACAUAUCCACACAAUUAGCCUGCGUUAUGCCCUUCGCAGUAUAUCAACGAAUAUUUGUUCAGCUUUUCUUUAUUGCAUUUAAUUCUGCAUUUGCAUCCACAUGACAAGAACAGAAAUAUUGAGAAAAUAUGUCAAAUGUGUCAUAUAGAAUGAUUCUUUAUUAUGACUAUUGAUCUCACAGGAUGCCCUUUUUAUGUUUUGUAUCAUUGAACUUUUAAUAUUUUUGCAAUAAAAUAUAAAAAACGGAUGUCUGGUCAGACAAAUUACUGAAAAAUAGAAUGAGCAGGAAAAAGUCAACAUUUACUUUUUUUUAAAAAAACAAUUAUUGCAUUGCUGGAAGAAUUUAAAUCCUAAUGAGGAAAAGUUUAUUUCGAGUUUGAAUAGAAUUUCAAACUGAAGGGUGAAGAACUAGUUGAGCAAAUAUGCCUUACUGUUUUUCAGUGCAAUUAAGAUGAUUGCAUUUGUGUUUUGUUACUGUUCUUGGGAAUAAAUUGUUAUUAAAAACAUUCCAAUAGA